AUGGCCUCACCGAUUUUUGACGCUGAGUACUUGAAGGAGAUCAACAAAGCUCGCCGUGACCUCCGUUCUCUCAUCGCCAACAAGAACUGUGCUCCGAUCAUGCUCCGAUUGGCAUGGCACGAUGCUGGAACCUAUGAUGCACAAUCGAAGACUGGUGGACCUAAUGGCUCUAUUAGGAACGAAGAGGAGUACACUCAUGGUGCCAAUAGUGGUUUGAAAAUCGCUCUCGAUCUCUGUGAGGGCGUGAAGGCUAAACAUCCCAAAAUCACUUAUGCGGACCUUUACCAGCUUGCUGGUGUGGUAGCAGUGGAGGUUACUGGUGGACCUGACAUCAGCUUCGUACCUGGGAGAAAAGAUUCGAAUGUGUGCCCUAGGGAAGGACGACUUCCUGAUGCGAAAAAAGGUUUCCAACAUCUUAGAGAUGUCUUCUACCGAAUGGGACUAUCUGACAAGGAUAUUGUGGCACUCUCAGGAGGCCAUACGCUGGGAAGGGCUCAUCCAGAGAGGUCAGGCUUCGAUGGACCAUGGACCCAAGAGCCUCUGAAGUUUGAUAACUCCUACUUUGUGGAGCUNCUGAAAGGAGAAUCAGAGGGCCUGUUGAAACUUCCAACCGACAAGACAUUAUUGGAAGACCCCGAGUUCCGUCGUUAUGUUGAGCUUUAUGCAAAGGAUGAAGAUGCAUUCUUCAGAGACUACGCGGAAUCGCAUAAGAAACUCUCUGAACUCGGUUUCAACCCGAGCUCCUCGACGGCUAAAACGAUUGCGGACAGCACGAUUCUGGCACAAAGCGCGUUCGGGGUUGCGGUUGCUGCUGCGGUUGUGGCCUUGAGUUACUUUUACGAGAUUCGGAAGAAGAUGAAAUAA